UUAAAAAUGGCGGCGCUCACUCAACACUAUCGGCCUAUCAAUAUGGCGGCGCUCUAUAGUCCUGCUCCCAUUUACGUUUUGAUUUCAUUUCUCUUCCAACAGCUGGAAAGAUAAAAGCAGUAACAAGUUUAAAAUGGGUGAGUUAGAGUGGGAAGAAAAAUAUAAACUCAUUACACGAAACUUGCAAGAAUGGCUGGGAGAUGAACAACUUAAGUCCAUUUUAAAAGGACGUGAUCUAAAAGUUUACUGGGGCACUGCAACUACUGGAAAACCUCACAUUGGUUAUUUUGUUCCUAUGACUAAAAUUGCUGAUUUUCUAAGAGCAGGAGUUGAGGUAACGAUUCUUUUUGCCGACCUACAUGCUUAUCUUGAUAACAUGAAGGCUCCCUGGGAGCUUUUGGAUCUGAGAUCACAGUAUUAUGAAGCCAUUAUUAAAGCAAUGUUGAGAUCUAUUGAUGUUCCUUUAGAUAAAUUGAAGUUUGUUAAAGGAACAGAAUAUCAACUCUCCAAAGAAUAUACUUUAGAUGUGUACAGAAUGGCUUCCAUUAUAACUGAGCACGAUGCUAAAAAAGCUGGUGCUGAAGUUGUAAAACAAGUGUCUAAUGCUCUUUUGUCAGGAUUAUUAUAUCCUGGUUUGCAAGCAUUAGAUGAAGAAUAUUUAAAAGUUGAUGCUCAGUUCGGUGGUGUAGAUCAAAGAAAAAUUUUCACUUUUGCGGAAAAAUAUUUACCUAGUUUGGGAUAUAAAAAACGUAUUCAUUUGAUGAAUCCGAUGAUUCCAGGGUUAGCUGGAACAAAGAUGUCUUCUUCAGAAGAUGAUUCUAAAAUUGAUCUCUUGGAUGACCCAGAGAAAGUUAAGAACAAAUUGAAGAAAUCUUUCUGUGCACCAGGAAAUACUACAGAUAAUGGAAUGUUGUCUUUUUCCAAGUUAGUAAUAUUUCCUCACUUAAAAGAAGGAGAAUUAUAUCUUGUACCCAGAACUGCUGAAUAUGGUGGAGAUGUUAGUUUUGAUAAGUAUGAAAAUUUGGAAAGUGCUUAUGUUACCAAUAAAAUUCAUCCAGGCGAUUUAAAGAAUGCUAUGAUAAUGUACGUCAACAAAUUACUGGACCCAAUUAGAAAAGAAUUUUCAAGUGACCCAAAACUACUAUCACUCUCUGAAAAAGCUUACCCUUCUCUAUCAAAGCCACAAAAAUCACCUGUAAUAUAUGAAUACAUUCCUACAAGAUUAGACAUUAGGGUUGGUCGAAUUGUUGAAGUGAAAAGGCACCCAGAUGCUGACAGUUUAUACGUUGAGAAAAUCGAUUUAGCUGAAGAAUCAGGGCCUCGCACAAUUGUUAGUGGUCUCGUUAAUUUUGUACCAAUCGAAGAAAUGGAAAAUAGAAAGGUUCUUGUUUUAGCUAACUUAAAACCAGCAAACCUAAGGGGCAUUACAUCUCAUGGAAUGGUUUUAUGUGCUUCAGUUGAUGCACCUACACGAAUAGUAGAACCCCUCAUACCUCCUACAAGUAGCAAACCUGGUGAUAAGAUCGUGGUAGAAGGAUAUGAGAAUGGUAAACCAGAUGAUGUUUUAAAUCCAAAGAAAAAAACCUGGGAAAAACUACAACAUGGUUUUAUGGUGGAUGAAUACGGAGUGGCUCGUUGGUUUGGAAAUCCAUUAAUAAUGACCUCCACUUUGGAAAAUGUCAUGGCCGAGAAAUUGAGAAAUGCAGCCAUAAAAUAGUCGUCUUGACUAAAUGUUAACUUAAUUUUUUAUAUCUAACCAUUAGGUUAUGUGUGAUACUUUUUUUUUAACAGAGGGAAAUAAAACACAUUUUUUAUAUACAACUUAUCUUAAAGUUACUUU